AUGGUGCCCAAGCGGGGGGAUGUCUAUGCCUGCCAGGUGGAGCUCAGCAGCCAGGAGGAGCCCCGAACUGUGCAGUGGGAUCAAGGGCUGAAGAACAGGCAGGAGCAGACAGAGGGGGUGGAAUACUCCAAGGAGUUGCAGAACGGAGACUGGACCUUCCAGAACCAGGUGAUGCUGGAGACAGUGCCCGAGUGGGGAGAUGUCUACGCCUAAGUGGAGCACAGCAGCCUGGAUCAGCCCCUCACUGUGCAGUGGGAACCACAGACAUCGGACUCUGCCGAGAGCAAAGUACGGACAGGGACCAUGGGGUUCGUAUCGGGGCUAAUCUUUGUGGCUGUGGGAUUCGUAGAGGUAAUACCAUAA